AUGACACAGGACUACGACAAUAAAAGGCCUGUGUUGGUUCUUCAGAAUGAUUCUCUCUACUCCCAGAGACGUCCUUAUACCAGUGAAGAUGAGGCCUGGAAAUCUUUUCUUGAAAAUCCCCUUACAGCAGCUACCAAAGCUAUGAUGAGCAUUAACGGUGAUGAAGACAGUGCUGCUGCCCUUGGACUGCUGUAUGAUUACUACAAGGUUCCAAGGGAGAGGAGAUCUUCAACAGCUAAACCAGAGAUAGAACAUGCUGACCAAGAUCACAGCAAAAGGAACAGCAUCCCGAAUGUGACAGAACAAUCACUAAUUUCCACUGGAGAAAACAGAGUCCAGGUUCUGAAAAAUGUGCCUUUCAAUAUUGUCCUUCCGCACACGCCCCAGAUGGGCAUGGACAAGAGAGGUCACCUGACGACCCCCGACACAACUGUCACAGUUUCAAUUGCAACGAUGCCCACUCAUUCCAUCAAAACGGAGACUCAGCCCCAUGGCUUCGCAGUGGGCAUCCCUCCAAGCAUUUACCAUCCUGAGCCCCCUGAGCGGGUGGUGGUGUUUGACAGGAAUCUCAAUCCUGACCAGUUCAAUUCCAACGCUCAGCCUCAGAAUUCACAGAGACGAACGCCAGACUCCACCUUCUCGGAGACUUUUAAGGAAGGAGUACAAGAGGUUUUCUUUCCUGCUGAAUUGAAUCUCCGGAUGGCCAACAUGAAUUCAGAAGAUUAUGUUUUUGACAGCAUUUCUGGGAAUAACUUUGAGUACACUCUGGAAGCCUCCAAGUCUCUCCGACAGAAGCCUGGGGACAGCACGAUGACUUACCUAAAUAAGGGUCAAUUUUACCCAAUCACACUGAAAGAAGUCAGCAGCAGUGAAGGAAUCCAUCACCCUAUCAGUAAAGUCCGAAGUGUUAUCAUGGUAGUGUUUGCUGAAGACAAAACCAGAGAAGAUCAGCUCAGGCACUGGAAAUACUGGCACUCGAGGCAGCACACAGCCAAACAAAGGUGCAUUGACAUAGCUGAUUACAAGGAGAGCUUCAACACCAUCAGUAACAUUGAGGAGAUUGCGUACAAUGCCAUAUCCUUCACUUGGGACAUCAAUGAGGAAGCAAAGGUCUUCAUUUCUGUGAACUGCCUCAGCACAGAUUUUUCCUCUCAGAAGGGAGUUAAAGGCCUGCCCUUGAAUCUUCAGAUUGACACCUACAGCUACAAUAACAGGAGUAACAAACCUGUCCACAGAGCCUACUGCCAAAUUAAAGUCUUCUGUGAUAAGGGAGCAGAGAGGAAGAUCAGGGAUGAAGAGCGAAAACAAAGCAAAAGAAAAGUUUCCGAUGUCAAAGUGCCAAUGCUUCCCUCACACAAGCGUACGGACAUCACCGUCUUCAAGCCCUUCAUGGAUCUAGACACUCAGCCAGUCCUUUUUAUUCCUGACGUUCACUUUGCAAAUCUUCAGCGUGGUGCCCACGUCCUUCCUGUUGCUUCAGAAGAACUGGAGGGUGAAAGCUCCAACCUGAAGAGAGCGGCUUACAUUGGUGAAGAGGAUUUUAUUGCUACUCCAAAUAAGAUGACCAGAAUAGAAGAACCAAAAAGAGUGUUGCUAUAUGUCCGAAAAGAGUCAGAGGAAGUCUUUGAUGCACUUAUGUUAAAGACACCAUCUCUGAAAGGUUUAAUGGAAGCUAUAUCUGACAAGUAUGAUGUUCCUUUUGAUAAAAUAGGAAAAAUCUUCAAAAAGUGUAAAAAAGGAAUUCUGGUCAACAUGGAUGAUAACAUUAUAAAGCACUAUUCUAAUGAAGAUACCUUCCAGUUGCAGAUUGAAGAAGUUGGAGGAUCUUAUAAGCUCACUCUCACUGAGAUUUAA